AUGCCAGCAGACGAGGCGGUUCUUUGGGAUGGCGAGUCUCUUCGCAGGGGACAAUGCCUUCGCAAUGGAAAGUUCACUUUCACAUUGCAGGAUGACGGCAAUAUGUGCCUUAAUUACAACGGCGAAUACCUUUGGGGCACCUCUACACAAGACAAAGAUGUGCAGACAGCGACAAUGCAGUCGAAUGGCAAUCUUUGCUUGAGGCGCAGCGACAACGAUUUCGUAUGGGGCUCAAUGCAGUCUGGUGGGAAUAUGGUGGAACCUGGCAGCAGUCCUUACCUGCAACUGCAUGACAACGGCAACAUUGGCAUCUACAAACAGCACAACGGCGCGGGCUGGGUCGUGUGGUCCAGUAACACCCAGCUCAUCACAUUCCGAGCUGUGCACUUCCGCAAUAUGUCCCGCACGGUCUACACAUAUCCUCUCAUCAAAGACCGAGACGGCAGCAGCACCCUCUGGGACGGCAAGGCCUCAAACAUUUGGGCAAUGGUGCCACAGUCGACGCCCGGCUGGAGCCAGAUCGCUAUAGACUGGAAGAAUGCAUACUACAACACAGACAGAAAACACUAUCUUCGCGAUGAAGUCAAAGGCGUGGUCAAAUUUGGGCACAACAUAAGGUGGGGCGAUGAUGUUUGGGUGAACGACUGGCAAUUCAUCUACGAUGAGAACUCCACGACAAGUGUGCACAUCACCAGCGAUGCAUCAGCGAGGUCCGGGAAUGCAAAUUAUGACGGCUGUUCCACGAAUUUGUGGUUUGACCCGCGGGAGAACCAUGACCUCUCGCUCUGGACAGUCGAUGACAGUAUGGAGGUCCAUAUCUUCUAUAGGAAUUCGGAAUGGGAUGGAACCAUCAGGAAGCCAGAUUUCAAUGACAUCAAGAGGUGA